CUGAAAGAAAAUCAAACAUGUUUUAAUCAGAAAUUCACCAGACGCACACCUGCAGUUUUUGUAAAAGUUUCCUUUUUUUCUUAUUGAAAGACGAUAUGGAAAUAUUUCUUCUGCCUGAUUUUCUUAUAUGAAUUAUUAUCAUUUUUAUCCUUAAAAUACCAAACUUUCCACUUUACAUUUUAGUCCAUGUGAUGAUGUAAUUUUUAAAUAUUAAAUAAUUGAUCAUUUGAUCUCAGUACUUGACUAGACAUUUUACCAAACACCUUUUUACUCUGAGUAUUUUCUUGAAGGCGUUUUUUAAUUUUUGCUUGAUUAAAAAUAUAUUAUAGUAGUGCUACUCUUACUCUGCCGACUUCUGCAAAUCUGCUCUAUAUUUUAAAAUCCCAUCACUGAAUAUUUUAAAACUCCUUCUGCCUCUUUAAAAAUCACUUCCACAAAAGAGGGAAAAAAAGUCCUUUGCAGCCAAUCAUAAAGUCCUGAGUCCAGCCUCAACCCAGAGUCACUCUCUCCUUCCUCUCUGCAGGAUGCUCCUCUUCCUCUCCCUCGCCGCCGCCGUCCUGUCUGCGGGCCGCGCCAUGGAGAUGAACCAGACCUCCAAGCUGCUGGCGGAGAGUUUGGAGCAGUGCUCAGCCUGCGACUUCCGGGAGCACAGCAAGCAGCUGCGGCUCCACAGCAUCCGCUCGCAGAUCCUCAGCAUCCUGCGGCUGGAGCAGGCGCCCAACAUCAGCCGGGACAUGAUCCGCCAGCUCAUCCCCAAGGCGCCGCCUCUGACGCAGCUGCUGGACCAGUACGACCCGCGGGUGGAGGACGAGGAGCACGCUACGACCGAGACCAUCAUCACCAUGGCAACGAAGCCCAAUCCCGUCCCUGCAGAGCAGCUUUCCUCCUGCUGCCUGUUCAGCCUCAGUCCCAAGAUCCAGCCUAAGAACAUCCUGAGCGCCCAGCUGUGGGUUCACCUGCGGCCGUCCCUCGCCGUCACCACCGUCUUCCUGCAGGUGUCGCGCCUCCGGCCGGCCAGGGAGGGAAACGGCACGCGGGUCCGGGUCCGCUCCCUGAAGGUGGACACGGAGGCCGGAGCCGGCUCCUGGCAGAGCGUCGACAUCAAGUCCCUGCUGCAGGCCUGGCUGCGGCAGCCGGAGAGCAGCUACGGCCUGGAGAUCAACGCCUUCAGCAACAGGGGAGAAGACCUGGCCGUCACAUCAGCAGAGCCUGGAGAGGAGGGACUGCAACCUUUCAUCGAAGUGAAGAUUCUGGACAGCUCCAAGCGUUCCCGGCGAGACUCCGGACUGGACUGCGACGAGGAAUCCUCAGAGACCCGCUGCUGCCGCUACCCGCUCACCGUCGACUUCGAGGAGUUUGGCUGGGACUGGAUCAUCGCUCCCAAACGUUACCGCGCCAACUACUGCUCAGGGGAGUGCGAGUUCCUCCACCUGCAGCAGUAUCCGCACGCACACCUGGUGAACAAGGCCAACCCGCGGGGCUCCGCCGGGCCCUGCUGCACACCCACCAAGAUGUCGCCCAUCAACAUGCUUUACUUCAACCGCAAGGAGCAAAUCAUCUACGGGAAGAUCCCGUCCAUGGUGGUGGACAACUGUGGCUGUUUGUGAAGACAAAGGUUCAUUUACCUGUUUAUGAACGAAGCGUCUGAAGGAAUGGCCGUCAUCCUGAAGACCGCCAGAAACCGUCCUCCAAACAAAACACCGUAGCUUCAAUAAAAUAACAUUUAAAGCAGGUCAAAUAUUUACAACUUCUAGUUAGGGUAGAAAAAAAGAAGUAAAUUUCUGCCAAAAACUCAGAAAUGUU